AAAUCUCGCGGAGGGCCAACAUGGAACCAGGCGGCGGACACAAAUGUGCUGUGACGUCAACGGGGCUGUUAGCUCAGACCCAAGAUGGCGGAGGUGAGCGGGCUGAGGAGCACAACUCACUUGGAGCCCAACUAUAAAGGCGCACGAGCCCAGCGAGGCUCGGGUGGAAGACAAGAUGUCACCGUACUUCGACACAGUCACAGGCCUGCUCCAGCCAGACCCGAGGAUCUCGACGACGACUUCCUUCCGGGGAAGAUGAACUCUGACUGGGCCACAGAGGCCGGCCUCACCCCUUCACCUGAUGAAGGCAUUCAAGAAUUACAGGAUGAGGAGGAUGAAAAGGCCCGGCCCGUGCAGAUCCUGGUGGCCAACGAGGACGAGCACAGCUUCGAGCUGAAUGCCGCCGCGCUGGAAAAAAUCCUGCUGCAGGAGGAUGUGCGGGAUCUCAAUGUGGUGGUGGUGUCAGUGGCCGGUGCCUUCCGCAAGGGAAAGUCCUUCCUGCUGGACUUUAUGCUCCGUUACAUGUACAAUCAGCAACAUAAGCAGUGGAUUGGCGGUGAUGACGAGCCACUGACCGGCUUCACCUGGAGAGGGGGCUGCGAGAGGGAGACCACGGGGAUUCAAGUCUGGAGUGAAGUCUUUGUGGUCAAUAAGCCGGACGGCAGCCAGGUUGCCGUACUCCUCGUGGACACGCAGGGAGCCUUUGAUAGCCAGUCCACCAUCAAGGACUGCGCCACCGUGUUUGCCCUCAGCACGAUGACCAGUUCUGUGCAGGUGUACAAUCUCUCGCAAAAUAUUCAGGAAGACGACUUGCAGCAUCUUCAACUCUUCACAGAAUAUGGCCGUCUCGCUAUGGAAGAGAUCUACUUGAAGCCUUUCCAGUCCCUCAUGUUCCUGAUUCGGGAUUGGAGUUUCCCCUAUGAGCACGAUUACGGCCUGGAGGGAGGCAACGCCUUCUUGGAGAAGCGACUUCAGGUGAAGCAGAACCAGCAUGAGGAGCUGCAGAACGUCCGCAAGCACAUCCACUCGUGCUUCUCCAACAUCGGCUGCUUCCUGCUGCCUCACCCGGGCCUCAAGGUUUCCACCAACCCCUACUUCGAUGGACGUCUGAGGGACAUCGACAGCGAGUUUAAGCGGGAGCUGUCGCGGCUCGUGCCUCUGCUGCUGAGCCCCGAACGACUGGUGGUGAAAGAGAUCGGCGGCAACAAAGUCACUUGUCGAGAUCUGGUCGAGUACUUCAAGGCGUACAUAAAGAUCUAUCAAGGUGAAGAGCUGCCUCAUCCAAAGUCAAUGUUGCAGGCAACAGCCGAAGCCAACAACCUGACUGCUGUAGCAGGAGCCAAAGACAUGUACAGCAAAAACAUGGAGCAGGUGUGCGGUGGCGACAAGCCGUACAUCGCGCCCGCCGACCUGGAGCGCUGCCACGACGAGUUCCGCGAGCACUCCGUGCGCUACUUCCGCUCGGUGAAGAAGAUGGGCGGCGACGAGUUCUGCCAGCGCUACCAGAGCCAGCUGGAGGCCGAGCUGGACGAGGCCUUCGGCAACUUCUGCAAGCAUAACGACGGCAAGAACAUCUUCUACGCCGCACGGACGCCCGCCACGCUCUUCGCCGUCAUGUUCGCCGCCUACGUGGUGUCUGGCGUGACGGGCUUCGUGGGCCUGAGCACGCUGGCGGCGCUGGCCAACCUGCUGAUGGGCCUGGCGCUCAUGUCGCUGUGCACGUGGGCGUACGUCAAGUACUCUGGAGAGUUCCGCGAAGUCGGAACUAUGAUAGACCUGGUGGCCGAGACGCUGUGGGAACAGGUGUUUUCCAAACUUUGCGAGCGCGUGACAAGAGGUGCGGCGUGGCCGUUGAGGUGGCCCGCCGCUCUGCUGGCAUUGGGAGCGCCGGGGCUUUCGCCCCCCAACAACAACUACUGCCAAAGGAAGAGCCACUAAGACCCGCACUUUGUUGCGUCAACACGUUUAGCCGUUUGUUCACGUUGGGGCAGGAGGCGUUGGAUUCUGUGGCCGGGCCUUUGGCAGGAUCUCACGGUUGCUUUUAGUCUUCAUCUUAGUGUCUUGUGUUUUGGACACCACAUCAGUUGGAUUCAGUUUUGUAUUUUGGUGGCGUCCUGCGCAUGCUCAGGACAUGUUGUUGUUGUUGUUGUUUUAAUUUAGCCAUUGGUUUUAAUAAUUUUUUUUUUUUUACUGUUUCUCAAACCCAACUUACGCGUAAAUCAGAAAAUAUAUGCUGUAUAUACAUAUUUAAAUAAUCUAAAUACACUACUUAAACCACUUGCACACUAUAUUAAAAAUACUUAAUUAUAAUUUAAAAGUACAAGGUGUCCCAAAAAAUGUAUGCACACUUUAAAUAAUAUUUGUAAAUUCUUUUACAUGUUAAAAAUUAUUCAAAUUAUAGUAAGUUUACAAUUAUUCAAAGUGUGUAUCCAUUUUUUUGGGACACCCUGUAUAUACAAUGUAGGUAUAAUAGCAUAAUUGUUUUAUCUACUAACCCCAUUUCCACUGACGUUGCGACAUAAAAUAUAUUCUAUUAUAAUAAUGUAUGUUAUUGAGGCAGUUUUUUUCAGGGAUGUCCUUGCUUAUUCCAGCAAGUCAAUGCCGAGCCAUAUUUUGCACGUUAGAACAGUGUGGCUCCUUUGUUUAAAGAAAAAAAAAGUCUGUGAAAUAGACUCCCAUUGAAAAUCAGGGACGUAAUACGACGACUGAGACCCCAGACUGUUGAGCAGGAAUACAAAAGAAUUCCACCUACAAAGCUUCAAUAAUUAGUGUCAAAUCCUUUGAUGCUACAGAAAAUGUGAAUUAAAAAGGAAAGUUGAUGUAGAAGAGUGGUAAACAUGACCCCGUCACUGCUUUUUUUAAAGUGUUGCAGGAAUCAAAUUCAAAAUCAAUAUUUGGGGGAAAAAAGUUUAAUUAAAUGUCUCCGUAGCGCCUUCAAUUUAAUAGUUUGAAAAGGAUUUUCUAAUCUUGUAUUGUAUUUAUUUACAUAUUGCAUAACUUUCCAACAUCGGCACGAUGUUAACUGGUUAGCGGAUCUGCCUCACAGUUCUGGGGAACCACGUUCAAAUCCAGUCACAUCUCUUUAGAGUUCUCCCCGUACCUAUGUGGGAUUUCGCCCGGUAUUUGCGUUUGGUCCCACAUCCCAAAAACAUGCAUGGUAGGUUGAUUGAAGACUAAAUUGCCCGUAGGUGUGAAUGUGGGUGGAAUGGUUGUUUAUAUAUAUAGCCUGCACUUCUCCGGUGACCGGUUUAGCACCUACCGUGCCUCUCGUCAGUCAGCUGGGCUAUGCUCCGGCAAGCUUGCAACCUUAGUGAAAAUAAGUGGUACAAAAAAAUGGAGUAAUAAGUAACGAUCCAACUUCAUCGGAAUUUGGGUUUUGUACAUUUUCUUAAUUUUUAAUUGAACUUUUUAAAAUACAGUAUUUUGAUGAAAACGAUAUUACUUGAAAUCCAGUAUCUAAAGUGUUUUUUUUUUUUUUUUUUAUUAAAAAGGUUUGAAGUUGGAAAAACAAAUACAGUAUGUAUGUCCAGUAUAUAUUUUCCAUUAGUGGAGAUUUUAUUUGAUGUUAAUACUUGAAUGCGGUGUCUGUGGACACACUUUUUUCGCUAUUUGGCAACGAGUGUCGCUGACUAUUUCAUG